CCCAAAGGCCGAAGACCGCGAGUCCACGGUUAAUCUAUUCGUAACCUGUUGAUCAACAGCAUCGUGCAGCUCUUCGGUGAUUCUGUCCUGGGACACCGCUUUCUCUCUCUUUCUCCCUCUCUUUAAAUGCCUCAAAGCAAGCACCGAGCCCAUCAUUCCCAGUCUCCCUAAAUUUAUCCGAGGAAAGGCCCGAAAGCACCGAAAAUGCGGUGUUUUCUUUCGUUGGUAUUGGCCUUAGCUUCCUUCCUGUUGCUGGUAGCGGUAGCAUACAGCGGACUGCCGAGGAGUUUUCUGCCUCUUGAGCGGGCCUUUCCUCCGGGCCAUCGAGUGGAACUGGAAGCACUCAGAGCACGUGACAGAGCCAGGCAUGCUCGAAUCUUGAAAGGCGUGGUAGGCGGUGUUGUCGACUUCUCAGUCGAAGGGACCUCCGAUCCUUACUCCAUUGGGUACGGGCUGUACUUUACGAAAGUGAAGCUGGGCUCUCCUCCAAGAGAAUUUAAAGUCCAGAUUGAUACUGGAAGUGACAUAUUGUGGGUUGCUUGCGAUGCUUGCAGCGAUUGCCCUCGAUCUAGUGACCUUGGGAUUGAGCUCAAUUUCUUUGAUAGAGCCAGCUCAUCCACAGCCAUGCUAGUUUCCUGCUCAGACCAAAUGUGUGCUUCUGCGUUGCAAAGUACUGGAACUGAAUGUUCCCCUCAGAUUAAUCAGUGCAGCUACACUUUCCAGUAUGGAGAUGGAAGUGGGACAUCAGGUUAUUACGUAUCUGAUCUGAUGCAUUUUGACGUGAUGCUAGGACAGUCUAUGCCUGCCAACACUUCAGCUAAUGUUGUUUUCGGGUGUAGCACCUCUCAAUCAGGAGAAUUGACAAAGACGGAUAAAGCUGUUGAUGGAAUUUUUGGUUUUGGCCCUGGUGGUUUAUCUGUUAUCUCACAAUUGUCAUCACGGGGAGUAACACCCAGAGUCUUCUCUCAUUGCCUAAAAGGAGAAGGCAAUGGAGGAGGCAUAUUAGUUCUUGGUGAGAUUUUGGAGCCAAAUAUUGUUUAUAGUCCACUCGUCCCAUCACAGCCCCAUUACAACUUAAACCUUCAGAGCAUUGCUGUCAAUGAACAACUCCUCCCAAUUGAUUCAGCUGUCUUUGCAACAUUUAAGAACCAAGGAACUAUAGUUGACUCUGGUACAACGUUGGCAUACUUUGUUCAAGAAGCAUAUGAUCCUAUUAUUAAUGCUAUCACUACUGCUGUGUCACAUUCUGCAAAUCCCAUUAUUUCAAAAGGAUAUCAGUGUUAUCUGGUCUCAAGCAGCAUAGGUGAUAUAUUUCCUCCAGUAAGUUUAAAUUUUGCUGGCGGGGCAUCCAUGGUUUUAAAACCUGAACAGUACCUUAUUCGUUAUGGAUUCGUCGAUGGUUCUGCAAUGUGGUGUAUUGGUUUCCAGAAGGCGCAGGAUGGGGUUACAAUUUUAGGAGAUGUUGUCCUAAAAGAUAAGAUUUUUGUCUAUGACUUGGCUCAUCAACGAAUUGGGUGGACUAACUAUGAUUGUUCCUUGUCUGUAAAUGUCUCCCUGACCACAAGCAAGGAUGAGUACAUCAAUGCAAGGAAGCGGGGUGCAAGUAGCUCACAGAUGGACACUCUCAAGAAUUUGCUACCUGUUAGCAUCGGCAUUCUCAUAGCGUACAUAUUAGUUUUCAUGGAGUCCCUAUAGCAUGUAGAUCCCACAUUCAAAAGCUCAUUCUGUUUUUUCUUUUUCUUUUUUUCUUUUUUGGUUUUGGCCGAUCUUUUAUUGGUUAUCGGCGUCCCCUUCUGAUUAGCUGUUUCUGUUGCGUAUUUAUCCCCUUUCCAUUUGGGCUUAGCAUUGCCUGCUAGCGGGGGGCAACUUCCAUCCUUCUAACGAAAAAGCGGAUCUCAUUGUAAAUGACCAGAGGGGCUCCGUUGAGGAUGAGAACUUCCAAAGUUGCAUAUUAUAUCUAUAGCAGAUAAAUUUGCACUAGUUCUGUAGUCCAUCUGUCAUUCACUGUGUGAGGGCUGAGGACAGAUAAAUGUGAUUUAGAUUUACUGGCCACGGGAUACACAAGGCAUAUAGCAAUCUCGUGUGCUGAUGGUAUCAUGGAUGGUAUUCGGGAUGGAGAUUUAUGGUAGUCGGUCUUCCUUUUCAAAUUAUCACCUGUCGGAAUAUUUGUCGUCAAGAGUAACAUUCAUCCUGGUCUCUAUAAAUGAAAAUUACCGUAGUUGAUCUAA